CUCACUUUAUAAAUACAAACAAACUCACGGUAUUCUUCAUUUCAUCAACUCCUUCAAUGGCUCCCAAAUCCAUUCCCUUCUUCUUCUUCUUCUUCUUCAUCAUCACUCCCUUCCUCCAUGCCUCUCCAAUCACCACCAUUGUCGUUCUUGUCAUGGAGAAUCGCUCCUUCGACCACAUGCUUGGCUGGAUGAAAAAACUUAAUCCUCAAAUCAACGGCGUCGAUGGCUCUGAAUCCAACCUCCUCUCCACCACCGAUCCCAACUCCAAGCGCUUCUUCUUCCAAGACCAGUCUCACUAUGUCGACCCCGACCCUGGCCACUCCUUUCAAGCCAUUCGUGAACAGAUUUUCGGUUCCGACAACACCUCCGCUAAUCCUCCUCCUAUGAACGGUUUCGCUCAACAGGCUUUCUCCAUGGAUAAUACCUCCGCCAUGUCUGGCGAUGUCAUGAACGGAUUCCUCCCAGAUAAGGUCGCUGUCUACAAAACUCUCGUCUCCGAGUUCGCCGUUUUCGACAGGUGGUUUGCGUCUGUACCGGCCUCCACGCAACCGAAUCGCCUUUAUGUUCAUUCAGCGACCUCCGCUGGAGCUACCAGUAACAUUCCGGCACUUCUUGCUAAAGGCUAUCCUCAGCGAACGAUCUUCGAGAAUCUCGACGAUGCUGGAAUGUCAUUUGGAAUCUAUUACCAGAACAUUCCAGCGACGCUGUUCUAUCGGAAUCUACGGAAACUGAAAUACGUGAAUAAAUUUCACGACUACGGUCUGAACUUCAAGAAGGAUGCAAAGCAGGGGAAACUGCCGAACUACGUGGUGGUGGAGCAACGGUAUAUAGAUUUGCCGCUGGAGCCGGCGAACGACGAUCAUCCGUCGCACGAUGUAUAUCAAGGACAGAUGUUCAUUAAGGAGGUUUACGAGACGCUUAGAUCGUCGCCGCAGUGGAAUGAAACUCUGUUCAUCAUCACUUAUGAUGAGCACGGGGGAUUUUUCGAUCACGUUCCAACGCCUGUCACCGGUGUACCUAGUCCCGACGGAAUCGUCGGACCGGAGCCGUUUUUGUUUGGAUUUAAUCGGCUCGGAGUUCGAGUUCCGACCAUCAUGAUCUCACCGUGGAUAGAGAAGGGCACUGUUGUCCAUAGCCCUAAAGGAUCACCUUUCCAAACCUCCGAGUUUGAACACUCCUCCAUUCCUGCCACUGUCAAGAAGCUCUUCAACCUCUCUUCUCCCUUCCUCACCAAGAGGGACGAGUGGGCCGGAUCCUUCGAAUUCAUUGUGCAAACCCGCACAGAGCCGAGAACCGACUGCCCCGAACAACUCCCAACACCGGUGAAGAUCAGGGAGACCCCGGCAAAUGAAAAGGCGAAUCUUACCGAGUUUCAGCAGGAGCUAAUGCAGUUGGCUGCAGUUAUGAAAGGAGACAAUAUCUUCACUAGUUACCCUGAAGCCAUUGGAAAGGAUAUGAAUGUGAAAGAAGGUAGGCAGUAUAUGAGAGAGGCUGUAAGGAGAUUCUUUGAGGCAGGGCGUUUAGCUAAGAGAAUGGGAGUUAGUGAAGACCAAAUUGUCCAAAUGAGACCGUCUCUUGCUACAAGAUCCUCACUUAAACCUAAACAAUUGCCUUAAAAUGCAUAAACAAAACUAGAGAAGAGAUUGGAUAAAGGCGAACCUCGACCGUGUCGAAGAUGUGGUCGUGUAAACUCUUUACCAUGUAUUUGGCACACACAUAAUAGUUGGUUUAGAUAAGAAUAUAAUGUAUUUUGAGAAGGUGAGUUUAUGUUUGGUAUAUGAAUUCACUUGUCUUAUCAUAUAGGUUUGUGGUUGAUUCUAAGGGUUCAUCACACAUAUAUGAAUGAAUGUAGCACAAAUUCAUCAACCGCAUGGUUUCUUUCUCUCUGUAUAUAAAGUAGGUUAAUUGAAACAC